AUGCCAUCGCAGUCCACUUUUGAAUCUCUGGAUAUCCCGGAGACUGAUUUAUUCAAUUUUCUCUACAACCGAAAUGACAGAGAGUUUCCUCGAAACAAAGGUAUCGUUCCAUUAUUAAAAGCGAUACAUUCUCUGAGCUCACCUGUUAAAGUUGUAUUUCGAGAUGCCGAAAGCGGAAAAACCCGUACGUGGGAGCAGGUAUUCAGUACUGCCAUAGAUUUCGGCCGAGGACUUUCGAUGAGAUUUGGCAUUGGGGUCGGCGAUGUUGUUCUUCUUGUUGCCGAAAACAGCAUCGACUAUGCAUCACUUGUUCUUGGUGUGUUAUGGUCUGGGGCUACAGUAUCGACGGCAAAUCCCAAUUAUACCUCGAUCGAGCUAGAACAUCAACUGAGAGACACUGCCGCGAAGGUUGUCCUUGCCAAACCGCAAGCUGCAGUUAAAAUGGCGUGCCAAAGACUUGGGGUCUCUACCGACAGAAUUAUCCAAGUUGGUGAUGGCGCUCCCACACAGCUUACCCCUAAUCGAUGGGACGACAUCGCUGCAGAAGGGCGUGAAAGUUCUUGUAUGAAGCCAAAGGUCUGUCCAAAAGACGAUAUCGCGUUUCUCGUCUACUCAAGUGGGACUACGGGCCUUCCAAAGGGUGUCAGACUUUCACACUAUAACGUUGUCGCAAGUACCCUCCAGGUCAGAGCUGCAGAAGGAGGAAACCUGACUUGGAAUGGGUCGAAGACGUCUCCAGGAAUUCCAUUGCCAUCAUCCACGGAAGGAGACAUUGUGUUGACAUGUCUACCAUUCUUUCACAUAUAUGGCCUCUCACAUAUGGUUCUCGCGCCUCUCUAUAGCGGAUUUCAAAAUCUUGUCAUGUCGAGCUUCGAGAUCACUAGGUGGUGUCAACUCGUGCAGAGACAUUCGGUGAGUUACAGUUAUAUUGUCCCGCCCAUAGCAUUGCUACUGGCAAAUCAUCCGGCACCUGCAACAUACAACCUGCGAAGCCUCAGAAUGGUAAAUUCUGGAGCCGCACCUCUACCGCCGGAUCUAAUCACUAAAGUCUAUCGCCGUACUGGCAUUCGCGUCAAACAAAGCUACGGCCUGAGUGAAGCAAGCCCAUGUGUCUUCGCUCCUCGAUGGGAGGAUUGGGAAUCAGCCGCUGGGAGUGCUGGAAAACUUCUUCCAAAUUUAGAGAUACGUUUCUGUUAUGUCAGAGAUGAUGAUUCACAUCAUGACGAAGUAAUGGAAGUUGCACAGGGCGACCCUGGAGAGCUACAACUCAAAGGACCUAACAUAUUCCUUGGAUACCACAACAGGCAUCAGGAAAGCAUUGAGGCUUUCACCAAGGAUGGAUGGUUUCGAACAGGUGAUGUUGGGUAUCUUGACAGACAUGGAAAUCUCUACAUCACCGAUCGAGCCAAGGAGAUGAUAAAAUACAAAGGCUUCCAGAUCGCUCCAGCUGAGUUGGAAUCUCUCCUUCGUCAAAACCCCCUCAUCGCCGAUGUGGCAGUUGUUGGUGUUGACGCGAUCGAAAAAGGGACUGAAUUACCAAGAGCAUAUGUGGUACGACAAGCCAAUAUUUCCAACAAGAACGGGGCUACUCUCGACAAAGAACAAGAACAGGAGAUCAUUCACUGGCUCUCAAGCCAAGUUGUCAAGUAUAAAAGAUUGAGUGGAGGAGUACGUUUCGUGCAGCAAAUUCCGAGGAGCCCUACAGGGAAGAUAUUAAGGAGGGUUUUGAAAGAGCAGGCUAGGUCAGAGCUCAAAUCAUCCAUAUCACAAGACAGUCACCUUUAG